AUGGCAGAUUUUUUCAAUCGAGCAUCUCGUCAUCGAAUGUCACAAGUUCGAGCUUUAUAUGCAUUCGACGCUGAGCCAAACUCUGGUGAAUUAUCAAUUUCAGUUAACGAGAUUCUCACCGUCAUUCGAGAGGGUGUAGAAGGCGGUUGGCUUGAAGGCCGAAAUUCCAAAGGGCAAGUUGGUCUCUUUCCGGAAAGCUAUGUGACGAAAAUUACGUCUGCUCCUUUUUCUGAAAUGUUAUUCUCUGGAAAAGUACGAAAAACAGUUGAAAAAUAUACAUCAACGAAAGUAUCAUUUGCACGUAUAACAGUUGAAACUAGUGAUGACGAUAAUGAAAAUCAAAAACAAAAUUUAAAUGUGAUUUUUAACAAUUCAUUAAACCCAUCGACAUUCAGUCGAUCAACGGUGAUCUGUUCAUCACCAAAGUCAAAUAAUGAUGGAAAAGUCAAAUGUCGGCGAAAUGUUAAUUGCAGUAGAAUUGUCGGUUUUAAUCUGCCACCGAUGGAUGAUCAUCCGUCAUCAUACUUACCAGCCUAUUCCUUACCACCGGUUAAUGAUGACGAUUGGGGAAUACCACCAGCCCUAGCUCAUAAGACUACUCAGAAUCAACCAGUAAGAACGACUAAUGAAAAUGAAAAUGAAAAUGCCACAGCAGUGGCAUUAUGUGAAGAUUUUGAUGAUUGGACUGAAGAUGAUGAAGAUGAUAAAGAUAAAAUUAACCGAAAAAUUGGGAGGAGUAUUGGGAGUGCAACAUUGGGAUCACAUACGCAUUCUCGUGGUACUAGUGGUUCAAGAACGGAUGUUUCUACAGAUGAAGAAACUACAACGCAUUCUGGAGAGAAUCGGAAACAGAUAAAUGUCCGGAAGGAUUUAGUGGUGCGGAAUGAGACGGGAGCAACCACUGUAUCACGUAGUCGAUCCGCUGGUGCUGAAAUGAUAACAGCUAAGCAAGUUGCUACGAGGAUGAAAAAUAUCAAUCGUUUCUCAAAUUUUGUCAAAUCGGGUAUGGAAAGUUAUUUAUUGGGCACAGCGAAAAUGAUAGCGAAGCCAGAUGAACAUCAUGAAAUCAUUAUGUCUUCUUCUGGACCUGAGUGGUUUCCAAUUACUCAAUCUUACACGUGCAUUGUUGAUAAACCGAAAAAGGAAUCAAAGCUUAAAGGAUUAAAGAGUUUUAUCGCUUAUAGUGUUACUUCAUCACUUAGCGGUAUACAGGUAUCACGUCGAUACAAACACUUUGAUUGGCUUCACGAACAGAUGUCUGCGAAAUAUAUCCUCAUACCCAUUCCACCAUUACCUGAAAAGCAAGUUGCAGGGCGUUAUGAAGAAGAUUUGAUUGAACAUCGGAAAAGUAUCUUGCAAAUAUGGGUAAAUAAAAUAUGUAGACAUCCAGUGUUAAGUAAAUCGGAUGUCUGGAUUCAUUUUUUAACGUGUACUGAUGAAAAACAAUGGAAAAAUGGUAAAAGGAAAGCUGAAAAAGAUGAAUAUGUUGGAGGAAAUUUCUUGCAUUGUGUUACAGUUCCUGCGCAGCCAUUGGAUAGUAAUAAAGUUGAACAUCAAAUCGAAUCAUUUGCCCGUUGUUUGCGUGGUCUCGACGAAAGUGUUCGAAAUAUAUAUGAAAGGAUUUCUGAACGUCAUAAGCGAUUGGCCGGUCCUUAUAAGUCAAAUUGGCAAAAAUUGGCUGCUGCUUUUGCUGGUCUUGGGCAUUCAUUUGAACAUGAUGCAUUGCCUCGUUAG